AUGAGGGGCCAUCAUCAUCCCGGCGGCUCGGAUGUGGAAAAUACAGUUUAAAGUCUCUCUGGAUGCAUUUAUAAUGAACAGGCAGGCUUUUCGGACAGGUACCCGAGUGACCGUUCGGUGUCCUUUCACCUCCGCGUGUGGUUUUUUUGGAUGUGCUACUCUUCACUCCCUAUGUUUUGUGCUCUCCAUCUGAUAUUUCUAAAGAGUCCUCAAGAUCUAUGCCUUAGUUCUGAUUAGACAUUACUCAGAAAUACGUGCAUAUAUUCUGUAUAUAGCUUUUUUGAAUCUCCAGUUGGAAUUCAGUCAACAGUCCACAACCUGUAUCACCCUUCUUCCCCUGUCCCUUUUUCUCAUCACAUCAGAUUAAGAGGGACAUCAAAACACACUUGGGUCCACACAUACACACACACAUAGGCCACCAUGUCCUCCAUCCUUCCCUUCACUCCCCCAGUAGUGAAACGCCUCUUGGGAUGGAAAAAGACUCCAGCAGGUAGUGGGGGAGCAGGAGGAGGAAUAGGAGGAGUAGGGGAGCAGAAUGGAGGAGGACAGGAGGAUAAAUGGUGUGAAAAAGCUGUGAAGAGCCUUGUGAAGAAGCUGAAGAAGACGGGGCAGCUUGAUGAGCUCGAGAAAGCCAUCAGCACACAGAACAGCAACACAAAGUGUGUCACCAUACCCAGCAAUUGCUCAGAUCUAUGGGGUCUAGGCUCAGGCCACACGAUAGAGCAGUGGGACUCUACAGGCAUGUACGGAUACCAUGACCACAGCAGGUCACUGGACGGGCGUCUCCAGGUAUCCCAUCGUAAGGGCCUGCCCCACGUCAUCUACUGCCGCCUGUGGAGAUGGCCCGACCUUCACAGCCACCAUGAGCUGAGGGCCAUUGACACCUGCCAGUACGCCUUCAACCUCAAGAAGGAUGAAGUGUGUGUCAAUCCCUACCAUUACCAGAGAGUGGAGACGCCUGUGCUGCCUCCAGUGUUGGUGCCACGCCACACAGAGAUUCUGACAGAGCUUCCACCUCUAGAUGACUUUACAAACUCCAUCCCUGAAAAUACCAACUUCCCUGCUGGCAUAGACCCUCCUAAUAACUAUAUACCGGAGACCCCUCCACCUGGCUACAUCAGCGAAGAUGGAGAGACCAGUGACCAGCAGAUGAAUCAAAGUAUGGAAUCAGGUUCACCAGCAGAAAUGUCACCAAGCACCCUGUCGCCUGUCAGUCAUGGCCUGGACCUUCAGCCGGUCACCUACAGUGAACCAGCUUUCUGGUGCUCUAUAGCCUACUAUGAGCUAAACCAGCGGGUUGGAGAAACAUUCCACGCCUCACAGCCAUCUCUGACAGUUGAUGGCUUCACUGACCCCUCCAACUCUGAACGCUUCUGUCUAGGGCUUCUCAGUAAUGUUAACAGGAAUGCAACUGUUGAAAUGACAAGGAGACAUAUAGGUCGCGGCGUGAGGUUGUAUUACAUCGGAGGGGAGGUGUUCGCCGAGUGCCUCAGCGACAGUGCCAUUUUUGUCCAGAGUCCCAACUGCAACCAGCGAUACGGCUGGCAUCCUGCCACAGUCUGCAAGAUACCACCAGGCUGUAAUCUGAAGAUUUUUAACAACCAAGAGUUUGCUGCAUUGCUGGCCCAGUCAGUCAAUCAGGGAUUCGAGGCAGUCUACCAGCUAACCAGGAUGUGCACCAUCAGGAUGAGCUUCGUCAAGGGCUGGGGAGCAGAGUACAGACGUCAGACAGUAACCAGCACCCCCUGUUGGAUUGAGCUGCAUCUCAACGGCCCCCUCCAGUGGUUGGAUAAGGUGCUGACCCAGAUGGGAUCACCCUCAGUGCGCUGUUCCAGUAUGUCAUAAACAGGGUUCUGCUGAUGCGGACGCAAAAGUCAAACUGACAUUACACAACGUUCGAACAGUGUGUCCUAAAGGAGACAACCAUGCGGUCUUAAACUGAUGUACUAACAACGUUUUUUGAAAACAAAACAAAAACAAACAAAAAAAAAAGAUUAAACAAUGGACCUGGAGGAUGAAAGGAAUGACAUGACUAAUGGACAAUAGUGGAAUGUUAAUAGUGAUGUCACACUGGACCUGAUUACCUUUGGCUCUGUUGGAUCGACGUCAGGCUGACAUUCCAGUAAUCAUGGACCUAAUAAUAAUAAUAGAAAAUCGACCCGCAAUAUCAAAAUGACUAGACAGUGCUGUCUUAAUGGACCAGACUGCAUUCAUGUUUUUGGUAUUUAACUGAGGCUCUCAUCCAGAAACACAAAGCAGGGGAGGGCUGUAGUGUCCUCCUUAAUGACAAAGCAAUGGCUGUUUCUGGGAUUAAACAUGUGACCUUUUAGCUACAGGACACUCUCUCCAACCACUAGUCCACCCCGGCUCUUCACCACCUACCACAGCACAAGCUUUGACUCGGCAUCAGUAUUUGCGUUUACACAAGGUUGACUAACAGUCAUACUGCCACUCCAGGCUCAUGUUCAACCAAAGUCAACUUCACGCCUGGACAUGAAUUUCUUAGCAUUUCUUGGUUUCGGUGACCAAACUUCCAGUCCAUUUUUAUCUCCGCUUCUCUUGCUUCUCUCCCCAUCAGUCCUGUGUUGUUGUGGCCACAGACCUGACUACGACGGACUGCAUGGUCUUCAGCUCUGACCACUGGGAGAAAAGGUUGAUGUCUGUAAUUAAUAUUACAUACCCCAUCUUUACGUGUUCACAUGCACACAAAUAUACUGUAACAGAGACACAUUUUUGCAGUUCAUACAUCACUUAACUAGCCAUUUUAACACAAUUGUUUUGACAUAGCAAAAAAUUAUUUCCUCUUUGUGCUAAAUGUUGAUUGGUCCUAUUCAACAUUGAGUGUGCAGUGGGGCAGAUGUUUGAGUGUGGAUCAGAGCUGAAUAUGUCUUUUAUAAUUCUGUGAGGAGUUUUUAUUUUAAAGUGUGGUCAGUUGCUAAACAGCACAGAUAACUGGAAUGAGUAAGCUAGGGAAUCCUCAGAGCAAGAGUGUGUGAUAUGUCACCCCUGUGGAACUUCAUCCAGUUUGAAGUCUUUUAGACAAUAAUAAAUGCAGAAGGAGUUUUUCACAGUUCUUAUCAUUUUUGAGGCCUAACAAGAUGUACUAUCUAUGUUCCCUCCUGCAUGCUCUUGCUCUCUCUGUCUCUGUCUCCAUUUUUGAAAUUAUAUCAUUUUGUAUAUGAAGAGUCCUAUGUCAGCCUUACGCAGGAUCAGGGCUCAGUGUAAACCCAAGAGUCUAAGCUUCAGUGUCGCCCCCUGCUGUUUAACAGACAAAAAGAGAAGGAGUCAUCUCUUAAUGUUUCACAGAUGUAGAAACUGUGCAAGUCUCUCUUGAUCAAAUGCUUGGACUGAUGCACAGUUUCUCCAUUAUUGACAUUCUUUAAAAUAGGAAAAGUCCUGCAGUGUGGGACUUUAAAAACUGCCCCUAUACUGUACUUGCACUGCCCCAAACCAUGCACCCCUAAAAAAAGAUGCCUUUGAUGUAAAAUACAGCAAGAUAUGUUUUGAAAUGUACAGAUAGGAAUGUUGCAAAUCCCAUUUGAAGUUAAGAGUAUUAAAAGAAAAUCUUUCAUAUUUUUAGAAUAUUCGCUAUUAAGAUUUUGUCCUUAUAUUGUCUCAAUUGGCUUAUUGUAAGUGUUUGGAGCGUUCAUUUGAGUUUAAUGAGAUUUCUUGCCCUGAUCUAAAAGCCAGCUGGUACCUACAUUGGUAUUUUAGAGUCCAAAUCUUUUCAAUUCAAAGUAUUUAAGCUUUAAGUAUUUGACAAGCUAAUUAUACUACACAGUUAUUAUUUUCUUUACACAUUCUUUUAGCUACAUUUUUGUAUUUUCAUGUAUUUUAUAUAUAAAUAUAUUUAAAAUCUUCAAAGCUUUCUUCCUUUUUAUUAGAAUUCAAUAUUUUUUUAGAAUAUGCCCUCUGUUUGAAAUUAUCACAGCUUGAUGAUGAUUUGUGAAGUAUGUAGCAUAGGAUAUAACAUUUACCACUGACAACAGUUCUUCAGUGCCAGUUGUGUGCUGAGUGACAUCAUGACUACCAUCUUCUUUUCUUCAAAACCUCAUUUGGCUGCUAAAAUGGUAAAAGUGGCUGCUGAGUUCUGGAAUUUAUCAGCUGUUAUAACUGUUGGAAAAUAAAUUUCUUUGCCUUACUGUUACUAAUUCUUCAGCUCUAGUGGUGUGACCCAAAUUAUGAUAGUGCUGUCCCAAAGAAUGAAUGCAUGCAAGUAUGUCCUGUACACUGCAGAUCCACUCUGUCAAAAAACCUAACUGCUGAUGAAAUCUAAUGACUCCAGUUUUCAGGUGUUGCAUUUUAUUGGCUUAAACUUGCUAAUGUCCUUUUUGAGGUUUGGUUAAUUGCAUAGAUCAAGAUACAUUCUUAAAACAUACUUAUUAUAAAAUGAAGCUGCUUAAAUAAAACCAGAAUUCUGACAAUUUGGAGGUACUAGGAUUUAAUCCAGCAGCUGGGCAACAUAGUAUUAAUUUUCAUUAUCACAACAGUUGGUAUUAAGUUCAAAAGCUCUGACUAUGGAAGGUGAAUUUGUUGAAUUCUGUCUUAUUUUAGCAAUUUAUGACAUUCCAGUACGUAGUGUAAAAGCUGCUGCCAAUUUCAGCACUGCAGCUGUUUCAUUCUCAGUAUGGUUGUACACUGUUAAUUUACAGUGAGUGUGUUUACAUGCACACAGGUAUUAUGAUAUUAUAUCCCAGUUGAGACCUCUUUACUGUAAGUGUAUUGCUCAUGUGUAUCCCAGCAAUGAAUACAUAAACAGAAUGUUAUCACGUAAAACGGGAUUGUAAGUCGUACAUGUAAAUAUAUAUAAAUGGGACAAGGUGUAUACUUGCACCACCAUCUUGACUCAUACUGCCACAUUCCAGAUAUCUUGUUUAAUUUUCUCCAAACUGUGACAAAAACCUGAUGAGGGUCUUAACUUGAUGCACAGUGAUGCUGGUGCAUGUAAACAUGUUCACAUUUCCUAUUGUCAUUGCUCACUACUGCAACAAGUGGGGGAAAUGUAAAUUUUAAAAUUUGUUGUAGAAGACCAAAUGAAGGCAUAAUGAAAGUUAAGUUUUUGAAACAAGGGCUGUGACAAGGAGUCCAGAAAUCAUGAUGUUGAAUCAUACAUAUUGUAGAUCCUGCAGAAAACAAAAUUUGCAUUGACAUCCUCUCCUACAGGGCAAUGAACUCCGACCAAAGUGAAAGAUUGACACUUUUGAAAAAUCUCAAAAGCAAAUGACGGCCCUGCAGGACAAACUGUUUUUAUGUUGGUUUCACCCAGGCAAAUUAUAAACUAUACUGUCUUUUAGGAAAAUCAUACCAUACUCACUUGUAACCAAACAAAACCAGCCAAAUGCAGUGAUGUUGUCUCUCUGUAUGUGUACCUAUCUAUCUGUCCACCUGUCUGUCCUGUCUUGUUGGUCUGUUUUUUUUUUUGUUUUUUUUUAUUUCAUAGGGAAAAAGUUGACUUUACUUUGCCAAGGUCAGUACACAAAUGCUAUAACAAAAAUUUGGUGAUACCUUUGAGAUUAUUGUUUAUGCUAACCCACAUGUUUGUUCUAUGCAGCGGCGUCAGAUUGUUUGAACUGUAUACUCAGACAUAUUUUCCCAUUAAGAAAUGCACAUGGUGUACUUUCUGAUGGUUAGACAAACUGUUUUAAAUAUAUUGCCAGGGUCCAGCAAAAGCCUUUCUAUUUUCUUUUUUUUCUUUCAAUGAGUGCCACCUAACAUUGUACCUGAAGACCAACCACCUUUUUCUUGCUUCCCUAAAGAUUCUGUGUUUUGCAGAUGAGACCAAAUGAGGUUUCAUUUAAGCUACAUCUACACAUUCUGAAGGUCCACAGUCCUAUUUACAGAUCACAUAAUGUAUUUUUUUUUCUUAUUUGUGAUGACAAUUGUGUAACCCCAUAAAAAGCCUCUUUAGGAUGAAUUUCUAAGAGGGUGGCUUUUUGGAGAAAGUGAAGUUUCUACAUGUCACUAGUGGUGUUCUUGUAUAGUUUUACUUUUAUUUUACCAUACACACUUUUUCUUGGUAUCAGCAGAGCAUAUUCAUUAGAUGACAAGCUGUUAGGAUUUCUGUCUUCUUCAAACACUGAUGAUGAUCUUCAUAGACUUUCCAGCUAUUCUACAUAUACAUACAACUUCUUACAGUGUACACUAAUAAAGCUGUUUUAAUUCAA